AAUGACAGCAGGCUAAGUGUUGGGUAAUUAGCAGUACGCUACACUAGAGCUAGUCUAUCAAUCUAUGGGUGGUCAAAUGGAUUUUCUAGGCUGGUGGGUGGUCUAGGUUGGAGGCCCAAUAUAUUAUUUGAUAAGGCCCACAAUAUCUAGUGGUGCCCCUGGCUCUACAUGGGCAAUAAAAGCAUCUCUUGUGGAGCUUAUAGUCUCCAGCUUUCCCUCUUUAGACCAGGGAGACAUUAAUCUAGGACAGAUGCUUCUGAGGUCCUCAGUUAGUUCAAAGUAAAGUUCUCCUUGAUGUUUGUUCUGUUCCAGAGGGCUGAGGAGAACGCACACGCUUUUCUAGACAAGGAGCUGAAGAAGCUCUGGAGGGAUCUCUUCUCAGAUUACCCACAAUGCUCAGAGAGUCAGAGGGAGAAGGAGGAGGAGGAUGGAGCUGUUGCGGUCCAGUGGCAACAUGAACUCAAGGCUCAUCUGAAGAAGAAGUUCCACUGUGUGUUUGAGGGAAUCGCUAGAGCAGGAGAGCAGAGACCUCUGAAUGAGAUCUACACAGAGCUCUUCAUCACAGAGAGAGGCAGUGGUGAAGUCAACAAGGAACACGAGGUCAGACUGAUUGAAAAGGCAUCCAGGAAAACAGCCAAUGAGGAAGUACCAAUCAGAUGUGAAGACAUCUUUAAACCUUUACCUGGACAAGAUAAACCGAUCAGAACAAUGAUGACAACCGGAGUGGCCGGCAUUGGUAAAACUGUCUUAACACACAAGUUCACUCUGGACUGGGCAGAAGGCAAAGCCAACCAAGACAUAGACUUCGCAUUUCUCCUCACUUUCAGAGAGCUGAAUUUACUGAAAGGGAAAGAGUUUAGCUUACUGGAACUUCUUAAUCAGUUUUCUGUUGUAACCAAAGAAUCAGGAAUCUACAGAUACGACCAUGACCAAGUAGUCUUCAUCUUGGAUGGUCUGGAUGAGUGUCGACUUCCUCUGGACUUCCAGAACAACCCGAUCUGGACGGAUGUCACCAAGCCGACCUCAGUGGACGUGCUGCUGACAAACAUCAUCAGGGGAGUCCUGCUUCCCUCUGCCCGCAUCUGGAUAACCACACGCCCUGCCGCAGCCAAUCAGAUCCCUGCUCAGUGUGUUGACAUGGUGACCGAGGUGAGAGGGUUCACCGACCCACAGAAGGAGGAGUACUUCAGAAAGAGAUUCAGAGAGGGGACACUGGCCAGCACAAUCAUCUCUCACGUCAAGAAAUCUCGAAGCCUCCACAUCAUGUGUCACAUCCCAGUCUUCUGUUGGAUCACUGCUACAGUUCUAGAGGACUUCUUCAAAACAUCCCAGAGAGGAGAAGAGGUGCCCAAGACCGUGACUCAGAUGUACAGCCACUUCCUGAGGGUUCAGUCUAUACAGGGGGAUAUGAAGUAUCAUGGGGGAGCUGAAACAGAUCCACACUGGAGUUCAGAGAGCAGGGAGGUCAUUGUUUCUCUGGGGAAACUGGCUUUUAACCAGCUGGAGAAAGGCCAGCUGAUCUUCUACGAGGCAGACUUGGCAGAGUGUGACAUCGAUAUCAGAGCAGCUUCAGUGUACUCAGGAGUAUUCACCCAGAUCUUUAAAAAGGAGUAUGUGCUGUACCAGGACAGGAUGUUCUGCUUCGUCCAUCUGAGCAUCCAGGAGUUUCUGGCUGCCCUUUAUGUCUUUCUGUCCUACAUCAACAUUGGUGUCAACCUUCUCUCAGAAGAACAUCCAACCUCCGGGGAAGCUGAACUCCUCCUCCUCUACCAGAGUGCGGUGGACAAGGCCUUACAGAGUGAGAACGGACACCUGGACUUGUUCCUCCGCUUCCUCCUGGGCCUCUCUCUAGAGACCAAUCAGAUGCUCCUACAAGGUCUGCUGGGACCAAGAGGAAGUAAAUUACUGAGCAAUCUAACAAAAAAUGUUUCACCGGGGCAGACAGGGAGGAGGUCACAAAUCAAUACCCAAAUAGUCCAUUACAUCAAGGAGAAGAUAGGUGGAGAUCUCUCUCAAGAGAGAAGCAUCAAUCUGUUCCACUGUCUGAAUGAGCUGAAUGACAGUUCUCUAUUGGAGGAGAUCCAACAGUACCUGUCAUCAGGAAGACUCUCCACAGAAUCUCUCUCCUCUGCUCAGUGGUCAGCUCUGGUCUUCAUCGUACUGACAUCAGAAGAGCAGCUGGACGUGUUUUACCUGAAGAAAUACUCUGCUUCUGACGAGGGUCUUCUGGGGCUGCUGCCACUGAUCAAAGCCUCCAAAACAUCUCUGCUGAUUGGCUGUGAUCUGUCAGAGAGAUGCUGUGAAGCUCUGGCCUCAGUUCUCAACUCCAACUCUUCUCGUCUGAGAGUGCUGGACCUGAGUAACAAUGAUCUGCAGGAUUCAGGAGUGAAGCUGCUCUCUGCUGGACUGGGGAGUCCACACUGUACACUGGAAACUCUCAGGCUGACUGGCUGUCAUCUGUCAGAGAGAUGCUGUGAAGCUCUGGCCUCAGUUCUCAGCUCCAACUCCUCUACUCUGAGAGAGCUGGACCUGAGUACCAAUGAUCUGGAGGAUUCAGGAGUGAAGCUGCUCUCUGCUGGACUGGGGAGUCCACACUGUACACUGGAAACUCUCAGGUUGUCUGGCUGCCUGGUCACACAGGAAGGCGUUGCUUCUCUGGCUUCAGCCCUGAGCUCCAACCCCUCCCAUCUGAGAGAGCUUGACCUGAGCUACAAUCACCCAGGAGACUCAGGAGCUGCGCUGCUCUCUGCUGGACUGGAGGAUCCACCCUGGAGACUGGACACUCUUAGUGUGGAGCACAGUGGAGUGUGGAGACUGAAACCAGCUCUAAAGAAGUAUGCCUGUGAACUCACACUGGACCCAAACACAGCCCACAGACGACUCUCUCUGUCUGAGGACAGCAGGAAGGUGACGUGGGUUGAAGAGGACCAGUCGUAUCCGGAUCACCCAGAGAGGUUUGACGUCCAGCACCAGGUGUUGUGUAGAGAGGGUCCGACUGGCCGCUGUUACUGGGAGGUAGAGUGGGGAAGACGGGUUCAUAUAGGAGUGGCCUACAGAGGAAUGACAAGGAGAGGAGCGGGUGAUGACAGCAGGCUUGGAUUGAACAACAAGUCCUGGAGUCUUAUUUGUGAUGACGAUGCUGCUGCCUACAGUGCCUAUCACAACGGUAGUAGAACAGACAUACGUCUCCCCCCCCCUCACUCUAACAGAGUAGGAGUGUAUCUGGACCAGCCCGCUGGCUCUCUGUCCUUCUACAGAGUGUCCCCAGGUGGAGGGGGGUCCUCAGACACACUGACACACAUCCACACCUUCCAGGACACCUUCACCCAGGAGGUCCUCCUCCCUGGGGUUGGGUUACGUAAGCCUGGUUCCUCAGUGUCUCUGGGAGUGUCCUUUGUAGAUACACAAGCACACAAAAAGACCCAUGGCACGCACAUGUGCGUGCCAUGGGUCUUUUUGUGUGCCAUGGGUCUUUGUGUGUCUUUGCGUGUGCUUGCACGCACAUGUAGACAGUCAUAAACACACCCAAACCAACAAACACAUAUGUACAUAGAAAUUAACACACACACACACAAACAAACACAUCGCACUCUAUAAACACAGACACACAAACGUAUACAG